GCGGGGGCGGCGCCCUCGGCAGCUGCCCGGCCCCGAAGCCCCGGCCCGGCCCGGGGGGCGCCGCUCAGCCGCUGCCAGGGUCCCACGCACCUGUCCCGGGCCCGGGUUCGGGGCCGGGGAGCGGGGCCGGCAGCAUGCGGGGGGCGCCGGGCGCCUGGCUCUGCUGCCUCGGCCUCCAGCUCCUGGCGGGCGCCGCCUUCAACCUGGACGGGACCGACCCGCUGCUGAAGGACGGGGCCGGCGGCAGCUUGUUCGGCUUCUCCGUGGCCCUGCACCGGCAGCUCCGGCCCGAGCCCGCCAGCUGGAUGCUGGUGGGUGCCCCGCAGGCGCCGGCCCUCCCAGGCCAGAAGGCAAACCGGACCGGCGGCCUCUACGCCUGCCCCCUGACACGCGAGCCGGACGACUGCUGGCGCGUGCCCAUCGACGAGGGAGUGGACCUGCGCAAGGAGAGCAAGGAGAACCAGUGGCUGGGCGUCACCGUGAAGAGCCAAGGUGCCGGCGGCAAGAUCGUGACCUGCGCCCACCUCUACGAGUCGCGGAACCGGGUGAACCAGCCGCUGGAGACGCGGGACGUCAUCGGGCGCUGCUACGUGCUGAGCCAGGACCUGACGGCGAGCGAGGAGCUGGACGGGGGCGAGUGGAAGUUCUGCGAGGGGCGUCCCCAGGGCCACGACCGCUUCGGCUUCUGCCAGCAGGGGGUGUCGGCCGGCUUCACCGCAGACAACCACUACAUCCUCUUCGGGGCACCCGGCACCUACAACUGGAAGGGGGACCUGCGCGUGGAGCUCGUUAGCCAGAGCUCCCUGGAGCCGGUUACCUACGACGACGGGCCCUACGAAGCCGGGGGGGAGAAGGACCAGGACCCCUCCCUCAUCCCCGUGCCCGCCAACAGCUACUUCGGUCUGUUGUUUAUGACCAAUGUUCAUAGCGCAGACCCCGACCAGCUGGUGUAUAAAACGGCCGAGCCCGGCGAGCGGCUGCCCGGCACCGUCGGCGACGUGGCCCAGAAUAGCAACCUAGGCUUCUCCGUCGACUCGGGGAAGGGCCUGACUCGGCAGGGCCAGCUCAGCUUCGUCACAGGGGCACCGCGGGCCAACCACACCGGGGCCGUGGUGAUCCUGCGACGGGACAACGUCAACCGCCUGGUGCCCGAGGCCAUCCUGCCCGGGGAGCAGCUCAGCUCCUCCUUCGGCUACGCCGUGGCCGUGCUGGAUCUGAACAGCGACGGCUGGAUGGACCUGGUGGUGGGGGCGCCCCACUUCUUCGACCGGCAGGAGGAGCUCGGCGGGGCAGCCUACGUGUACAUCAACCAGGCGGGGCGCUGGGCGGACCCCCGCCCCGUCCGCCUCAACGGCACCUCCCACUCCAUGUUCGGCAUCGGCCUCGCCGCCCUCGGCGACCUCAACCAGGACGGCUUCCAGGACAUCGCCGUGGGAGCCCCGUUUGAUGGAGCCGGCAAGGUCUUUAUCUACCACGGCAGCAGCCUGGGCAUCGUCACCAAACCGGCCCAGGUCCUGGACGGGGAAGGCGUCGGGCUGAGGACCUUCGGCUACGCCCUGUCCGGGGGCCUGGACGUGGACGGGAACCUCUACCCGGACCUGCUCGUUGGGACGCUCUCGGACAGCGUGGUGCUGUACAGAGCCCGGCCCGUCAUCCACGUCUCCAAGAACGUCUCCCUCUCCCCCCAGAACAUCGACCUGGAGAGCAGGAACUGCCCCCGCCACCUGGGCAUCUGCGUGGAAGUACGAGCCUGCUUCAGCUACACGGCCAGUCCUGCCAGCUACAGCCCCCGCGUCACACUCGCGUACACCUUGGACGCUGACGUGGACCGGCAGAAGCUGGGCCAGGCCCCCAGAGUCGCCUUCCUGGACCGGAAGCCCACGGACCCCGAACACCAGUUCUCGGACGUGGUGGAGCUGCCCCACCAGCGCGCCCCCGCCUGCGUCACUGCCACCUUCCAGCUGCAGGACAGCAUCCGGGACAAGCUCCGCCCCAUCGUCGUGGUGCUGACGUACAGCAUCGAGCACGCCCGGAGCAAGCGCCAGGCCCAGGCUGCCGCCCUGCCCCCGCUGAUGCCGGUGCUGAACGCCCAGCUGCCCAGCAGCCAGAGGGCAGAGGUGAAUUUUUUGAAGCAGGGCUGCGGGGACGACAAGAUCUGCCAGAGCAACCUCCAGCUGCGCUACCAGUUCUGCUCCCGCGUGGGCGACGCCGACUUCCUGCCCCUGCCCAGGGGCGCCGAUGGCACGGCCGUCUUCGCCAUGAGCGACCAGAAGGACGUGGCCUUGGAGAUCCAGGUCACCAACCUGCCCUCGGACCCAGCGGCGCCGCAGCGGGACGGGGACGACGCCCACGAGGCCCUGCUCACGGCCACCUUCCCCGAGGCCCUGCCCUACUCCGGGGUCCGGGCCCAUGACGCGUGGGCCGGGCCCGGCCUGGAGAAGCAGCCCUGCCUGCCCAACCUGAACGGCUCGCAAGUGCAGUGUGAGCUGGGGAACCCCAUGAAGCGCGGAGCUCAGGUGCGGUUUUAUCUCAUCGUCAGCACCUCGGGCAUCACCAUCGAGACCCAGGAGCUGGAGCUGGAGCUGGAGCUGAGCACGAUCAGUGAGCAGCCGGGGCUGCGGCCUGUGAUGGCGCGAGCACGUGUGGUCAUUGAGCUGCCCCUGUCCAUCACGGGCGUGGCCGUCCCGCGGCGGCUGUUUUUUGGCGGCCAGGUACGGGGCGAGAGCGCCAUUCGCACUGAGGGCCAGGUGGGCAGCGCCGUGCGCUACGAGGUGACGGUCUCCAACCGGGGCCAGUCGCUCAACACCCUGGGCUCGGCCUUCCUCAACCUCCUGUGGCCCCACGAGCUCGCCAACGGCAAGUGGCUGCUCUACCCGCUGCGGCUGGAGCUGGCGGCCCGGCCCGGGCAGCGCGUGGCCUGCAGCCCGGCAGCCAACCCCCUGCGGCUGGCACUGGAGAGCCACGGGCAGGACAGGAGCAGGAGGGAGGCCGAGCGCCCGGAGGUGCCCAGCACGGGGCUCUGGUGGCCCCGUGCCCAUGCUGAGAGGAGGAACGUCACAUUGGACUGCGCCCGGGGCACCGCCCGCUGCCUCGUCUUCCGGUGCCCGCUCCACAGCUUCGAGCGCUCGGCCGUGCUCACGGCCUGGGGGCGCCUGUGGAACAGCACCUUCCUGGAGGAGUACCCGGCCGUGACCUCCGUGGAACUGCUGGUCCGCGCCAACAUCACCGUCAAAUCCACCAUCCAGAACCUGGUGCUGAAGGAUGCUGCCACGCAGAUCCCCGUCACCGUCUACCUGGACCCGAGCGCGGUGGUGGCCCGGGGCGUCCCCUGGUGGAUCAUCCUGAUCGCGGUGCUGGCCGGGGUGCUGGUGCUGGGGCUGCUGGUCUCCGUCCUGUGGAAGGUGGGCUUCUUCGAGCGCCCCCGGCACCAGCAGGCCGCGGUGCCGCAGUACCACGCCAUCAGGAUCCCGCGGGAGGAGCGCCAGCUCUGCCGCGAGGAGAAGACGGGCACCAUCCAGAAGAAGGAGUGGGUGACGAACUGGAGCGAGGGCAGCGACAGCCACGUGCCCAUCUUGGGCUAGGCGCCCGCCGACCCACACGGGAUCCCACUGGCCGGCGCUGGCUCAGACCUCGGGGUGGGGGGGGUCUCUGGGGAGCACGCAGAGUCGGGGUGACUCCGGCGCGGUGGCCGGGGGCUGCUCUGCCAGGCGGCUGCGGCAGGAGAGGCGGCUGCCGGACUCCGGACUGGAGAUGUGGGACCUGCCCCCAGGACAGGCUGGGGCCGGAGCUGCUCAAGUCUGUCCAACCCCGCUGCUCCGGGGGAUCCCAGCCCCACGGAGCCCCAGCCUGGUUCAGGUGGUAAAGCAAAGUACAGGGGGCUGACUCCGCCCCCUUGCGCAGUGACUCCGCCCCUUUGUGCAGUGUAUUCGCCCCCUUGUGCAGUGACCCUGCUUUUCUCCCAGCAGGCCCCUCCAUGGUCCGGCUGAGGGGCUCUGUUUAUUGUUAUUAAAGGGACACUGUUGGGAGAACAAUGGCG